CGGGCGUGUCUCCCGGGUGACGGGGCCGAGAUGGCGGCGCGCGAGGCGGUGGAGGAGCGGCGCGGGCCCGGCUCUGGAUGAGGGGCGGCCGGAGGCUGCGGGAGCGGCCGCCUCGGCCCCUGGAGCCCCGCGACCCCCGGCGAGGCCUCCCCCCAGGGGCAGGACAGUAUUGGAGCAGCCUACCUACCAUCCACCUUCCUGACUCUUCCUAACUUAAAGCCUGGAAUAUAAAAAGUGAUUUAAAUGCCAUAGCAUAUUUGAAAUCAAGCUGUCCUUCCAUGGAAUACUCAUGGCCUGAGGAAAAUGUCACAGGGCUGCCUUCUCUUCUCACCAGAAGGAAGGGUUUCUUACCAUGGCCAUAACACAGUUUCGACUCUUUAAAGUCUGUACUUGCCUGGCAGCAGUGCUUUCUUUCAUUAAAAAGUUAAUAUGCAGGUCUGGAAGAGGGCGAAAGUUAAGUGGAGACCAAAUAACUUUGCCAACCACAGUGGAUUAUUCAUCUGUUCCUAAGCAGCCUGAAGUAGAAGACUGGUCUUCAUGGGAUGAAGAUGCACCUACAAGUGUGAAGAUUGAAGGUGGCAAUGGUAAUGUGGCUGCUCAGCAAAAUUCUUUGGAACAAAUGGAACCUGAUUAUUUCAAAGAUAUGGCACCAACUAUAAGAAAAACUCAAAAAAUAGUUAUUAAAAAACGAGAGCCUUUAAAUUUUGGGAUUCCAGAGGGAAACACAGGAUUCUCUAGCAGAUUAGCAGCCACACAAGAUAUUCCUUUUAUUCACCAAUCUCCUGAACUGGGAGACUUGGAUACUUGGCAAGAAAAUACAAAUGCCUGGGAAGAAGAGGAAGAUGCUGCUUGGCAGGCAGAAGAAGUUCUUAGACAACAGAAGAUAGCAGAAAGGGAAAAAAGAGCAGCAGAACAGCAGCGAAAGAAAAUGGAGAAAGAGGCACAAAGGCUAAUGAAAAAGGAACAAAACAAAAUUGGUGUAAAACUGUCCUAACAGAAGCCAUGCAGCAAUGGCAGUGCCAGUGAAAAGAGAAUUUCAGCUCCACAACAUAUGUAUUGGUAUUGAUUUAACUAUUUAUAGGACUUCAACACACUGCUUGGUUUCAAUGCAUUCUUCAGGUCAUCUUGGAAGCCAGGAUUUUCCCAAAAUAUCUUGAACUACUAGUACGUAGUUCGUAAGGAAGAGAAGCCCCACAGAAAAUCAUGCCUUGAUGGAAUGUUUCCUGCAAUAGUUCUUUUCCAGCACCCUUCUUUGCAGCAAAAGUGAUUGACAAGGAUGUUGAUUGAAAAACACUCUUAAUGAACAGCUCAAGCCUAGAGAAAAUAAUGUAAAUAUUGAGUGGUGGGAAAUCUACCUGUAUUGUCUGUGCUUACCUGAAACAUGUAAUUAAACAGUUUUAAAGAA